GGCACGAGUCGGUGAUGAGCUCUCAGCACAGGCCACUCACAGGGCUCACAUUCCUGCCGUAAGCCUAUCUUGUUGACCUCCCGCCCUGACACCCUAAAAAAAGACAGGACCAUCGGUGGCUUUGGCGGCCCUCCCCUUCCUGCCUGUCAGGGUCCUCUGGCAGCUGGAACCACUAGAUGAAGGAGGACUCUGAGAUCAGCCACAGCAUCCUGGACCUGAAAAUCUGAUGAGCAACAAGUAGACUGACAAAAGGACUUUAAGGAGGUUAAACUGAAUUCAGAAGGUGAAAUAAAAAGUGUCCUUAAACCAGCGCUGAACCAUGAGUACCUUUGGGUACCAGAGGGAGCUGAAGAAAUACGAGGAGGUGGAUGAAGAUGAGCUCCUGGCUACGCUGUCCUCUGAGGAGCUUCAGGAGCUGGAGAGGGAGCUGGCGGACCUCGACCCCGAUGACAACGUCCCCAUCGGCCUGAGGCAGAAAGACCAGACUGCAAAAUCUCCAGUGGGGACGUUUGACAGGGAUGCUCUGCUGAAAUACUGGGAGGACGAGAACAAGAGGCUGCAGGAGGAGGAAAGAGUGGAGUCCAAAGCUGCACAGGAGGAACACCCAGAUAAGAGCCGGGGGGAGUCGCUGACAGGGAGCUCUAACAACAGCACCAAGACUCCAGACAACGACAGAAGCACAAAGAAGGUUACACCAAAGCAGAAGAAAGUGCAGAGUGGUUUGAGCAAAACUGACACAAAAAAAGAAGAAGUGGAAAAGAAAGCUGAGAGCAAAAAAGAAGUUCAGAUCAGGGAUAAAGUGUCUCAGAAGAACAACGUGUCAAAAGGCUCACGAGGAGAGUCCAGGAGGUCCGAAACCACAGACCAAAACCUGAGCUCCGACCGGCCCAGCGGGAACCCCAUUGUCAUCGAGAACGCUCUGGAGCAGAUCCUGCGUGACGACCCCACCUUGAGCGAAGUCAACCUCAACAAUAUUGAAGACAUUUCCCAAGAGACCUUGCUUCGUUUCACUGAGGCCUUAUGCGCUAACACUCAUGUCCACCUGUUCAGUCUUGCAAACACCCACGCUGACGACCGGGUGGCCUUCGCCGUCUCCAAGAUGCUGCGUGAGAACUGCUCCAUCAAGAACCUGAACAUUGAGUCCAACUUUGUGUCGGGACAGGGCAUCCUGGCCAUACUGGCGGCGCUGCAGCACAACAGGACGCUGGUGGAGCUGCGCUUCCACAACCAGAGGCACAUCUGUGGAGGUAAGGUGGAAAUGGAGAUGGUCCAGCUCCUGAGGGAAAACAACACUCUGCUGAAGCUUGGCUACCAGUUUGACCUCCCGGGUCCGCGAAUGACGGCGACCAGCAUCCUGACGCGCAACCAGGACCAACAACGACAGAGGAGGCUCCAGGAGAAGAAGGAACAGAGUCCUCCACAGACGUCAGAACAAGUCACCACCCCAUCUGCAGAAAACAAGCCACCAAAGAAGGCGUCACAAUCUGCUAAAACUUCUGAAAAGCUAAAUAGAAACCCCCCUCCUCCUCUGAUUCCUCCCCCCUGCCCAUCUUUAGACCCACCGACAAGAAAGAUCGCCGAAAUGGUCAAACAACACGAAAUGUCCAACAGCACCAAGGGUCAGUUAAACCAAAGAAAACCCAAGACGAAGAAGCUCAAGAAUGGUGCCAAUGAAAAGGAGAGUGUUGAUAUUCUAAAAGAACUGAGGAACACUUUAAAGCCGUCGGCACAGAAGAGACGAGACGAACCGGCCUGUCCGCUACGGCCGCGGACGUCGAGCCGGGACGACCUGAUGGCGGCAAUUCGUGGGAGCAGCAUCAGGUCUUUAAAAAGGGUGGAUCUGUCAGAGGGCUGACGUCAGCUGAUGCAUCCCACGCCAACUCUUCCCACAUUGUAUUGAAAUAUUUCAUUUGUAUUUCACAUUUGGAAUUUUACAGAAUGUCACCUUUUAAUGUUUUCUUAUUUAAUUUAUCACUCAUUCUAGCAGCAGUUUGUGUAUGUUUCUUGUUGUAUUUUGUUACCUGUGUGUAAAAUUCACUGGAAAUCUGAUGUGUGAAGAAAUAAAGUUCAUGUUCAGA